CCGCCACUUACAGCCCAGGAGAGCUAAACCUUUCCGAGUUGGCCGGGGGGCUUGAGCGGAGUCAUGGGUGCCCCAGUCCUGUGCCUGUACACUAUCUUUUGCCUAGUGGUUCACUCAGUUUCUGGCAGUCCCAUCAUGGGCCUUGAGCAGUCACCCCUGGAAGAAGAUAUGCCCCUCUUUGAUGAUGUCUUCUCAGAGCAAGAUGGUGUUGACUUUAACAUGCUGCUGCAGAGUAUGAAGGAUGAGUUUCUCAAGACAUUGAACCUGUCUGACAUCCCAGUGCAGGAUUCAGCCAAGGUGGACCCACCAGAGUACAUGUUGGAACUCUACAACAAAUUUGCCACAGAUCGGACCUCCAUGCCCUCUGCCAACAUCAUCAGGAGUUUCAAGAAUGAGGAUCUAUUUUCUCAACCAGCCACUUUCAAUGGGCUCCGAAAAUAUCCCCUCCUCUUCAAUGUGUCCGUCCCUCACCAUGAAGAGGUCAUCAUGGCUGAACUCAGGUUAUACACGCUGGUACAAAGGGAUCGGAUAAUGUAUGAUGGAGUGGACCGGAAAAUUACCAUUUUUGAAAUGUUAGAAAGUGAAGGGGACAAUACAGGUGAAAGAAACAUGCUGGUCUUAGUGUCAGGGGAGAUCUACGGAACCAACAGUGAGUGGGAAACAUUUGAUGUCACAGAUGCCAUCAGACGUUGGCAAAAAUCAAGCUCAUCUACCCACCAGCUGGAAGUCCACAUUGAGAGCAGACAUGACCAAGUUGAGGACAUUGAAAGGGGACGACUGGAAAUAGACACGAGUGGACAGAAUAAGCAUGACCCGUUGCUUGUUGUAUUUUCUGAUGACCAAAGCAGUGACAAGGAGCAGAAAGAGGAAUUGAAUGAAAUGAUUGCCCAUGAGCAACUUCUGGACCCAGACAACCUUGGCAUGGAUGGCUUUUCCAGUGGGCCUGGGGAAGAGGCUCUGCUGCAGAUGAGGUCAAACAUCAUCUAUGACUCCACUUCCAGAAUCAGAAGGAAUGCCAAAGGAAACUACUGCAAGAGGACCCCUCUCUAUAUUGACUUUAAGGAGAUUGGCUGGGACUCCUGGAUCAUUGCUCCACCUGGAUAUGAAGCCUAUGAGUGUCGGGGUGUUUGUAAUUAUCCCCUGGCAGAACACCUCACACCCACAAAGCAUGCAAUUAUCCAGGCCUUGGUCCACCUCAAGAAUUCUCAGAAAGCUUCCAAAGCCUGCUGUGUGCCCACCAAGCUGGAGCCCAUUUCCAUCCUCUAUUUAGACAAAGGCGUCGUCACCUACAAGUUUAAAUAUGAAGGCAUGGCUGUCUCUGAAUGUGGCUGUAGAUAGAAGACUCCUGUGGCUUAUUUAAUAACUGUAAAUGUGUAUAUUUUGUGUUCUAUUUAAUGAGACUAUUUAAUGAGGGUGUACAGAUAAUAGAGCUUGCUGCCUUAGGGAAAUGGACAGGUGUGUUUGUUGUAGGAAAUGCAUAUUUUGCUAUUCAAUCUAGUCCUUCCAGUCUGUCUUUCUUUGUACUUUUCAUUUCCUGGCAAUGCUAUCUCUAAGAAAUUGCAGGCCUCCAGCUACUUAUCCUUCAUGUCAAUUUAGAAACAACACCCCUAAGCAAAACACAGUAUCAAAACACACAUACUCAUGUAUGUAUGUGUGUACAUACAUGAACUUAGGAAAAUAUUUUGAUUCUGUUGAGUCAGGUUAUGCUCAUAUACAUGCAUGACUCACUCAAUGUGCAUAUAUUAAAGGCAGUCACUUCUGCUCAGAAUAGGAUUUAUGUCAAAAAACAAUUUGCGUCAAGAAUUUAACCAUCCUAGGAAGUAUUAAGUUUCUGACAAACUCUGGAAAUGUAAAUAUAGCUUUUGUGAGUUGAGUUUCCGCCAUGGUUCAGAGCAGCAGGUCUGGUGAGAGAGGCUGCAUGCUUGAGGGAAGAGGUUGUUAAAUGCAGAAACCAAAUGGUUUGGAGAGGCAGUGCACCUACGGGUAAGACAGCAAGGAAUGAGCCCAUGGAACUUAUGUGCUGUACAGGGAAGCCGCUGAUUAAGAAAGGAAGGCAGAGGGAACUGCAGGAUGAUCCUCUGUUCUUCAGAAGAUAGGAUGCUGGGCCAUGAGUGCUGCCUUUAUUGCUGCAGAGGGUAGAGGAGGUGGGAGAGAGAGAAAUGGGAAAAGGAUACAGAUGCAAUUGUCAGAUGAGUUGGUGAAGUCAUAAGCAGUUCUAAUUAGGAAAUUAAAUCUCUUGGACAAGAUAAAAAGUUCAAAGACUACGAGAAGGACAAUCAGGAGGGAACUGUUCAUUGUGCUCUUCACUUCUUCGAAUACUUUUCUUCACUGUACAAUCUUACCCCCUUGCCUCUGCACCACUGCUUUCAUCUGUUCCCAUCCUGCACCUUCCCUCUUGGUUUUCUGCUCUCAUGCCUCAUAUCCUUCUCCUAUUCUCCUAUGUCCCCUUUAUCAUUGGCCUUCCUGACCCAUGCCUUUGCUUUCAGGGGAAGAAUUAAUGAUUUAAUGUCUAGAUUCUCCCUGAUGUUUGACUUGCUUUUAUUUCAACAAUAUUCUUUAUGACAUGCUUUGGUCAUAAAGAAUAUGUAAGGUUAAGAAAAAUAAAAGAGCCAAAAUUCAUACACAUGAAUUAGUGAACAAACACACAAGAAAAUGACCUGAAAGUUAAACUUAAAUUUUGAAGUCACAUUUGCUCCAUGGUAGAAACCCUACCACUUUCCCAUUCUUGUCAUUCUGCCCUCUUUCCAAGUUACAAUUGACCAGGACUGAGGGACUGAAAAAUGUUUCUGUCAAGAAGGGUCUGGUAGGCAGCUAGUUCUGCCCAAUUGCCAAUAGCUAGAAGGACAUUGAAACUUUGGCUCCAAUCUUAAGGCUCCCAUGUGGGCUGGUAGACUGUUCAGGAGGGCAGAGCAGGUCUCACGUUGUCCUGGCAUCUCCAGGCAGAUGACACAGGUGAAUACAGAUGUGCUCUGCAGUACUUUGUUCCUCCCUGCCCCACUUGGAUGCUUCUUUAAGAAGUCUUACACUUUUUUUAAUGCUGGGAAAUUUUCACUUUCUUUUUUACAAACCUCUUAGGAGCAUAAACUUACAUGCCCUAGCAAAUAGAGGCAAGAAAAGCCAUUUUGAUGGUCUUUUUCCCCAUUUGGACCUCAGCUGAGGCAUACAUUUCCACUGUUGACUAGAGGGCAACUCUUGGGGAAUGUUUUGCUCCAGAGACAGUGAUAUUUGCAUUGCCAGUGGGAAUACAGUGAUUGACAAUUUGAGAUGACCAGAUGGCCAUGCAACUCAGAAUGCCUCAAUUCUGGGUGAGCCUCCAUAAAACAUGAUGCCCAAGUGCGUGCGUGCUUGUGUGUGUGUGUGUGUGUGUGUGUGUGUGUGUGUAGCUGGCUGUGGAUAGCCACUUUGUACCCUCAGUGGAAGAUGGUGUGUUCAUUACAUUCUACAGUGCACCAUGGAUACUCAUAAACUCCAAUGUACGUCUCAUCCUUUCUAAAAGAUACAGUAACAGUUAUGCAGUAAACAGCUAUGCAAGAUAGUUUCUGGUAAAUUUCAUUGAUUUUAUUUCUAAAAUGCAUGGCAGUGGUGUGCUGGGAAAUGAUUUACAACCAGCAUUCCAAGGCCCUGAUUUAUUAAUUUCAGUAGUGUAAAUUCUCCCACAGUGCCCUAUUUUAAACCAUCAAUGAGAUGCUAACAAGCUUACAAACUUCCUACAAACCUGCCAGGUAGCUCCUGGGAGCUGUGUGUGUGUGCUGGCCCCAGUACACAGUGGGGUGCCAGCCCUUGCACCCUUCCAUGCGCUCUGCUGGCUGCACCAGGCUCCUGGAAAAGCUUUGUCUUGAGCACUUAAAAUCAUUCUGCUAAAAAGAGGUGAAACAAUUAGGCUGUCCCCAGUAAGCCUGCAUUUUUAUGAUGUUCUUCUUCCUUGUAGAGAUGGAGUACAGGAAAACACAUACUGGUUAUUCAAAUGUGCUAGUUGUGUCAUUACUAGUAUUUUCUUUCUUCUAAUUAAACAACGAAAAGACAAAAGCCAUAAAUAGGGGCAUUCUCAUUCUUCCCAUGGGCACCUCUGUAAUUCUACUUCACAACUUUAAUACAAAGUUAUGGAAUUGUUAUUGGGAGAGCAGAACCUCCUAAUAUUUUCUUUGGUCAUAGGUCUUCCAGUUAUGGCUCACACUCAUGUCUUCUCCUCGUCCCUCCUUCUUCUUCCCUUUUACACUUUUAUGGCAUGAGUAUCAUCACUGAAGUUGAUAAAUCUAAAGAACUCAUGAGGAAAAUUGUAGCAGAGGUACUUGGGCAGCCCACAACCAAAAUAGUCAUGUAAGUUUCUAGGCUUCCUACUAUUUAUUGACUGAUAUAUUUAUUUUUGUAAUAUAGUGUAGAAUACCAAAUAUUUUAUUUUUAUGUUUGUGAUUCUUUCCUGGAUAGAAUAAUUUGUGCUUUUUAAUUAUUCUUCUUCUCUGGAGUACAGCUCACUUGGAAUAUAUAGCCUGUACAGUAAGUUCAUCUCUCACUUUUUACAUCAAAGUAUCUUUUAAGGAGUCUUGCCAUAAGCUUACCAAAGUUUUGUAUAUUUAUGUCUUUAGGCAUGAUGUGAGCCCCUUCAUAUAUUUACUGAUUUGUAAAUAGUACAGGUUUAACUGAAGUGUAGGUGUUCCAAGAAAAAUUUAACCAAUAAAUGUCAUGUCAUUCCAUAAACUGACACUUAUCUUAUCAUGAGAGGAAAAUCUUGUGUGUCUGUGAGGUAAUAUGGUUGCUACUUACUGAACAGAGGAGGCAUUUGAUUUGACACCCCAAGGCAGGUGCUUCCCCUCUGAAUGUACCCAUUACCUUUACUUUUCCACCAGUUUAGAGACCUAAUCAAAUAAAUCUAUGAUCUGACCUAUUGCUCUCUAAAUGUCAAAAAUACGAAUUCAGCAAUUUCUUAACCUCAAAGGGCCAAUAUUUUGCCAGUAUAUAAUUUUUGAUCUGGGAAAUUAAUGAUAAAACAAAAUUCUUACUAAAUAUUUUGAUAUUCUUCAUAAUCUAUGUUCUUUGAGUAAAAGAUAUGUUUCAUACAAAAACAUUUUAUAUAUUACUUCUUACUGAAUUCAUCCACAGACCAUAAAGCCCAGUAGUAUUUUGGCUCAUUUGUCAUUUCUGCCCAACACAGAAAGGAGCUGCCCUUUUUAAGAAUCAUAAAUCUUUUUCAGAGUUUCACUACGGGUUGUACUUUGCCUUUGCAGUUCUGUACGCUCAUGUGUGAUGAAAAAGGAAACACUAUGUCUCUGUGAAUUUUCUUGCCCCUAAACAAGGGAAUUUGGUUUCACACAUUAGAUGGAAGUAAAGUAGAUAACACUGCACAAUAGCAGCAAAAAUAGGUUUUCUGCAUGUGAAAAUAUAUUCAUUAGUUAAUGAGUCCAUGGAGGACUGACCCUGUGUUGUGAUCAACAUGUUUCUGUCACACAUGAGCACUGACUUGUGAGAUCCCUGGCUUGACUGUGGUGGAAGCUGACCUGCCAGUGCUCAUCUAAAUGGGCUUCCGCACAUGUAGGAAAUGAGUUCAGACCUUGGACACACCAAGUCAGCAGAGCACAACCACAGUCUUGGAUAAAACAAGUUCAUUACCCAUGUCCAAAUUUAUUUAGUAAUUAUUAGGCUAAAAUGAAGAUAGAAAUAAAUAUUUUACUGUGUGUUCAUAAACCAAAUGUGUACAUUCAGUGUCUUCUGAUUGAAUAAAAUGGAAAAAUUAUUUUGACAA